UCAAACAUGAGGUCACUCAAUGUGCUUUACAUGAUUAGAGGCAUUUGAAAACAAAGAGAUAAAAUAUUUCAAAACAGGAUAAAAAAAACAAUAAAAAUGACAAACAAAAUAUUUUAAAAAAACAGUAAUGUCAAAUGACAUCUUUUUUUUCAUGCCCCCCAUUGUUUCGGUUACUUUUGAAUGUUUUAUGAGCAAAGAGCCCAUUCAAGAUAAAGUAUCAUUUAGUAUUAAACUUAGGAACAAGUACAUUGCAGACCAGAAAAAAAAAUAACAGAACAGUCUUCAUGCAACACGUUGCACAUUAAAAAUCGAGUUGUAAUCUUAGAAUGAGAUAUAACAGAGGUGUCAAACUCAUUUUGGUCUGGGGGCUGCAUAAGGCCUGAUCUGAUCUCAAGGGGGGCCAUACCACCGAACUAAUACCAUAAUUACAUGGAAGUAACAAUAAAGCAGAGUUUUCCCCAUUUGUUUUAGAGCAAAAAAGAACAAAUACAUUGCAAAAAUCUUCAUAUUUGUCAUUUUACUAAAUAUAUUAUGAAACAGACUGAGAAAAGUAUGUGCAGUUUCAACACUAUGCCAAAGUUAAACAUUUAUUUGAGUGCAUUGUGCAUUACAACUGAUAACAGUUCCACAAUUCCAAGGCUAAAACAAAAACCCAAAUACAGACCCAGAAGCCGUGUUUCUGCUAUCUACUUAGUUCUAUGGCAGUGUAGUGUGUGACAUGUUUUCUACUGUGACCAAAAGAGUGCGCUUCCUAGUGACUAAAUCAGGAACUGUAUUAUUAUAAAAAAAAAUUUGAUACUGUAUAAAAACGUACAAUGUCAUGUAAUAUUCAUCCCGGGAGGCGGGGAGCGAUUGCGGCUCACUUUUAUAUAUAUAUAUAUAUAUAUAUAUAUAUAAAGACAAAGCUGUUUUUGGUUCUCAACAGCUUUGUCUUUAUUUUGCAAUGUCCUGACCAUCUCUCAUAAAAGUAAAGAAUAAAGUUUUUUUUUUCUUCAGUUUUCACUCCCCCACUCUAAAUUGUUGGGUUGCCUUAAUCCAACAGACAUGUUUUUGCAAAGAGUGAGGGCAACAAAGUUGAGGUCAACAACUGAGAUUCGAACCUACAUAUUCUAACGCUCCCCAGCAGGCGGUUAAAUAAAUACUGUAAUACGUACAUAAUACAUCGCUGACGUGGAAUGAAGUCGAGGCAGAGCAGCCUGCGCUGGUGCAACUGCACAUUUAGGUUCUUGAACAUAGCAGCACUUCAGUAUUGAAUCAGCGAUGACUCUACUGUAGUGCUGCAGUUCACCGCUUCGUGGAAAUGAAGUGGUGGGUGACGUCACGUGACAAACGUGUCGUGUUCAGACGCAACACGUCCAUAGUCAAGGUGGAAUGCGUCAAAUGACAGAGAUGUACCACACAAUUUGCUUUCUUCACUUGACGAGAGGCGAUGAAGUUUUCUUGUUUGUUUGAUUUUGUUUUCAAAAGAUUUCACCUUGAAAGGGCCCACGAGCAGCCCGGAGGCAUUUUGCUUCUUCACAUUCCACUGAAAACUGAAACAUGAAUAACGAGCAGACGCUUCUCUCUACUCACCCCACUGAUGAUGUAAAUGAUGUAAGUAAAUUAUUUUGUUGUAAAUCGCCCCACCCCCACCCCACAACACACACAUGCACGUGAAACCACAUAAUACAGACGUUUCUUUUCCCCGAUUAUAUUUGUUAUUAAAAUUUCAAGUUAUGCUAAAACAUGCAGGUUUGCCGUAGAGAAUGGAUUUUUUUCAUGAUUACAUUUAAAGCACGACAAACGUGGGCUCGUGUCUGUUACGUAAUCUGCAGGUAGCGGAACAUUUUGCACGUGCAGUGGAACGGGAUGGAGGUACACAAGUAACAUGUCUGCCUUUAGUCUCCAAUUGAACCAAAAUACAUGCGGUGCAGCAACUUCAACAUGCCCCUCCUUGAAACGGAAUUCUUCAAAAGCGAACUACAGUUAUACAUCGAUGGCUUAACAACAGAGAUGUGGGACUUAAUAGAGUAUGGCCAUUUUGAUUUUAAUGCUUUUAUCAUGCUGUUUAAAAUGUGGCAAACCAUCCUGUAUAAAAUUUCUCAAGAAGUGCUGAGUGUUGUGUUGCCUCAGGUGGAAGAGCAUGCCCAAAUCCCUAUGGAUGAUUAUGACUCGCUGCAAUGGGCGCUCAACCUCUCCUCUGUGACUGAAGAUGAUAUUCAUGCAUGCAUUUGGGACUCGCUGCUGCUGGCUCUCAAAAACACAAUAAACGCUGGGGAUGCCAAGUGUCCAUGUGGUGAUCACCUGCUGGAGUUGGUCGCAGCAAAGGUGUCCAAGACUGUAAACAACGCACUUUCUGAAAUCUCCUCACAGCUUGACUCUGUGCCACACCUGGACGUGCCUCAUCAGGUGUCUGAAAUAGGCGAAAUAGCUUUGCAGUCAAUCUCAGUACUCCGGGCCUGCCUGGAAAACAUGAGGCUAGCGAGUGGCUUUGAAUGCGAAGAAGUCUGUGCUUACAGCGAUUCAUCGGAAGACACAACAGACGUCUUGGUGGCUCCCCUUCCCACUCCUGUACAAACGUACAAUGAGCAGGAAGAAAGUCACCUGCACGCGCAUAGUCCUGCUGUGGCUCCCACAAAGACUGGAAACAUUUGUCUUCACCCACCAGCAGAAACGUGGACAAAGAAAGAAAACAUAUUUUGUACUGUCUUCCUAUGGAAGCUGAUGGACCAUAUUGCCCAUUCUAAUGCCAAGUCAGUGCUGGAAAUGGACAUUGACUGGAUGCUCGCACAGCUAAAGAGCACUGUGGUAGAAACACGUCCAAACCAUCCACAGAACAUAGGCGACUUCCACAUUGAAGUCUACAAGGACCUCUGUCAGGAAUUUGGAUCAAAGGAGCGUUUGUAUUUAUCAAUGGCAUGCUGUCAGCUUGCAUUUGUAGAAGCUCUUGCUCGGGCUUUAAAAAAACAUCUCCAAGGACCAAAAAAGAGGAACUUUUUUACUAAAGUGAGGGCUUUUUUUAAGAAAAGGACUGCAAAAGUCUCUAUGGCCUGUGGGCAUGGACGGAUGAGGCUGCGGGAUUCUACCAACACCAAGAAACUCUGA